GAUAAUUAGGUAAUUUUCCAUUACAGGGUCUGUUAUCAUUCAGAGAUGUGGCUGUAGACCUCUCACAGGAGGAAUGGGAAUGUCUAGACUGUGCUCAGAGAGCUUUAUACAUGGAUGUGAUGCAGGAGAAUUACAGCAAUCUCCUUUUUGUGGAGAACUAUCGCAUAUAUGGUAAAUGUGAGAAGUUCUUGCAUCAAGGCACAAAGCAUUUUAUCCAUGAUCAUGAAAAUAUCCAAGAGAAGACUUAUAAAUGUAAUGAGAUUUUCAAAGUGACUCAUGAAUCCUGCCAUUGUACACCUUAUGACACAAGUGAUACUGCAGAAAAUUACAACAAGUACAGAUUUGGUAUCCACAGAAAUGCCUGUGUUGAAAACUUAAACCUCAACAGACACAAAAGUGGGAAGGCUGGAGAAGAACUUUGCAAAUGUACAGACCAAGUAAACUUUUUAAAUUUGAUUACCAUCAUUGCCAAAAUAAAAAAAACUCACACAGGAAAGGAAGACCACAAAAAUGUAGAGUAUGAUAAAUCUUUUCAGUCUAAUACAGAAAUCACACUGAAACAAACUGAAUGCGGGAAGAAACCACACCAAUGCUGGAAAUGUGGAAAAUUCUUCAAGAGUCAUUCAAGCCUCAUUGGGCAUCAGAGAGCCCAUCGUAGAGACAAGUCCUAUAAAUGUACAAAAUGCAGUAAUUCCUUUCUCCAUUUUUCACAACUCAAAGUACAUUACAAAAUCUAUUGUAGAGAAAAUCCCUACAAAUGUACAGAAUGUGGUAAAUGCUUUUAUAACACAUCAGACUUUGAAAGACAUUUCAGCAUCCACAGUGGAAAGAAACCUUACAAAUGUAGUGAAUGUGAUAAAUCCUUUCUUAGUGCCUCAUAUCUUAGAAUACAUCAGAGAAUCCACACAGGAGAGACUUACAAAUGUAGUGAAUGUGAUAAAUCCUUUACCACAAGAGACCAUCUUCGAAAUCAUCAGAGAAUCCACACAGGAGAGAAACCUUACAAAUGUAGCACAUGUGACAAAGCCUUUACCACAAAAGACCAUCUUCAAAGUCAUCAGAGAAUCCAUACAGGUGAGAAACCUUUCAAAUGUAGUGAAUGUGGAAAAUGCUUUAUAACAAAAGACCAUCUUAGAACUCAUCAGAGAAUCCACACAGGAGAGAAACCUUAUAAAUGUAGUCAGUGUGACAAAUGCUUUACAAGUGCCUCAAAUCUUAGAACUCAUCUGAAAAGACAUACAGGUGAGAAGCCUUAUAAAUGUAGUGAAUGUGACAAAUCCUUUAAAAGUAGUUCAAAUCUUAGAACUCAUCAGAGAAUCCAUACGGGUGAGAAACCUUACAAAUGUAGUCAAUGUGACAAAUCCUUUACUGAGAAAGGGACAUUUAGAAAUCAUCAGAGAAUCCAUACAGGAGAGAAACCUUACAAAUGUAGUCAGUGUGACAAGUCCUUUACUGAGAAAGGGACAUUUAGAAAUCAUCAGAGAAUCCAUACAGGAGAGAAACCUUACAAAUGUAGUGAAUGUGACAAAUGCUUUACCAAGAAAGUGACCUUUAGAACUCAUCAGAGAAUACAUACAGGAGAGAAACCGUAUAAAUGUAGCAAAUGUGAAAAAUCUUUUACAGGGAGAGGCAAUCUUCGAACUCAUCAGAGAAUCCACACAGGCGAGAAACCUUACAAAUGUAGUGAAUGUGACAAAUCCUUUAACACAAAAGACAAUCUUAGAACUCAUCAAAGAAUUCACACAGGCGAGAAACCUUACAAAUGUAGUGAAUGCGACAAAUCCUUUACCUGGGAUUCAUCUCUUAGGAUACAUCAGAGAAUCCAUACAGGAGAAAAAUCUUAUAAAUGUAGUGAAUGUGACAAAUCCUUUACCACAAAAGGCAAUCUUAGAACUCAUCAGAGAUUACAUACACUAGAGAAACUUUAGAAAUGUAGUAAAUGUGAAAAAUUCUUUUCUGUAGGUUCAACUCUUAGAAUAUGUUCUGGGAUAUUUGAUCACACUAUGAAACCUGAGUUUUAAUAAUAUCAACAUUGAUCAGGGAGCAGAACCCAAACUUAAUUGACAGGAAUUAGCCCUAGAGAGUAUGAAGGGGUAUGGAAGAUUGCUAGAUUCACAGGAAGUAGUAGGAAGUGACUUGGAGUUUUGCAGUCUUCUGGUUUGAGAUGGGUUAGAAAGACAUUCUUGCUGGGUCUCUGGCAUAAAGGGAAGGUCAUUUGGUUGCUUCUUGGCCUCUCUGAUCUAGCAGGUUUUCACCCUA